AUGGCUGACAUGUUCCAAAUCAUCCUUCUUCCUCUGCUUGUGGAAGGCCUAUUAUCAGUUUUGAGUUCAAGAAGUUAUCCUUCCUUUCUCUCUUGUUUUUUCUUUCCUUUCUUUCUUGUUUUUUCUUUCCUUUCUCUCUUGUUCUUUUCUUUCCUUUCUCACAUGUUUCUUUCUUUCCUUUCUCUCUCUUUCUUUCUUUCCUUUCUCUCUCUUUCUUUCCUUUCUCUCUUUUUUCUUUCUUUCUUGCUUUCCUUUCUUUUUGUUUCUUUCUUACCUUUCUGUCAUUUUUCUUUCCUUUCUCUUUUGUUUGUUUCCUUACUUUCUUUCUUUCUUUUCACUUUGUUUUUUCUUUCCUUUCUUUCUCUCAUUUCUAUCUUUCUUUCCAUUCUCUUUCGUUUUUUUGCAAUUUUAAUGUGCAUUUCUUCUUUCCCCUCUCUCUUUCACUUCUUUCCCUUCUCGCUCUCUCAAUUUAAUUCCCUCCUCUCUGUUCAAAAUAUCUUUCUUUCUAUAUUUCCCUUUCCUCUCUCUUCUACCAUCUCUCUACCUUUUCUCUCUCUUCCCCACUGUCUCUAUCCUUUUUUAUCUCCUCCACUGUCUUUAUCCUUUUUAUCUCUUUCCCCUCUCUCUAUCCUUAUCUUUUUCUUUGUCCAUCUUCUCUCUUUUUUUUUUCUAAAUCAACAUCUCCUUUUUUAUUGUCUCUCUCCCCAUCUUCCCUUCUCUCUCCUUUUCUCUCUCUUCCCCAUCUCUCUAUCCAUUUCUCUCUCUUGCAUCCAUCUCUCUAUCCUUUUCUCUCUUUUUUUUUUUUUAAAAUUUCCUGUCAUAUCCCUCAUAUCUCUCUCAUUUUUUUCUUUCAUACAACUCUUUUUUAAUCCUUUCUCAUUCUUUUUUUUCUUUUCUGUCUCUUCCCCCAUCUCUCUCUCCUUUUCUCUGUCUUCCCCCAUCUCUUUCUCAUUUUUUUCUUUCCCCAUCUAUAUCUUUAUUUUUUCUUUGUUGUCCCCCAUUUUCUCAUUUUUUCUCUUUCUUUUCCAUCUCCUUUUUUCUCUUUUCCCAUAA